AUGCCAGUCCUCUCCAUCCUCCCCGCUGACGUGCUCUUGCAUGUCAUCUCCUUUCUCGAUCACAGCGGAGAUGUCUACUCUCUUUCUCUCCUCAGUCCCUCACUGUUCACUCUUAUUCACGGCAACGACCUCGUAAACAAAACCAAAUACCGCUGUAUCCGCAUCACCUGCACACCAGACCUGAAACAUGCAUAUACCAUCCUCCUCGACAUUCUGCGUGACCGUAACCUCGCCAGUUAUGUUCGCCACAUCGAAAUGGAUAUUCCUGUUCGCUCUCCGCUGAACUACAAACCGCGGGAAUACGAUCGCCCCGUCGACCCAGGCGACAUGCAGCGACUCCGUGUUGCCGCCACCCGGGCUGGCUUCAUCGGUCCUGAACAGGAGAGACUACUCAACAUGGCCAUGCAGGAGACAGACUACACCAAAGCCUGGCAGUACCUCACUUACUACAACACCCAAGAGGACGCCUACCACGGCAAAUCCCCCUUCAUCGCUCAAGCCCUGGCAGUCCUCCUCAUCGCAUCAUCCCCAAACCUAACUUCUCUCGCCAUAUCUCCUCCCUUCUGGGAAUACACAUCCCCCCGAUUUGAUGACCCUUCUGACAACCACCAUUCCGCCGCCAAGAUUGAAAAGUAUCCACUAGCCAAGUUCCUUCAACGCGCUAGUUUGGGUCAUUUCAUCAAAAAUGGAGAAAAGAGAAUCUCGUACUUAGCCCAUCUCAAGUAUUUUCAGAUUCUGACAACAGAAGCCUCCAGUUUUCAUAUUGCGCGAUCCCGCGCCUGCGCGCCCCAGGACCUCUGUCUCUGCAUUGAGCUGGUGCGUACCCUUCCCAACAUCGAAUCGCUACGAAUGCAGGCCAUCCAGGGCUUCGGGACUGCGACUAGUGCUGCGCUGGAAGGCUUGCUUCUGCCUUCAUCGGCGAGUAUCUCGCGUUUGGAUCUGAGAGGGUGCGAUUUCAAGUCGGAUUUGUUAUGCAAAGUUAUUCAUGCAAUGAGGUGCUUGAAGGAGCUGAAGUACUCCGUUGUGCACGGUGGCUGCUAUGCGGGCUUUGCGGAGUUCUUUGACCGGUACAGUUUGAUCAAGGCUGUCUUGCGCCACAGGGCCACGUUGGAGGUGUUGGAUUUGGAGUUUGAUGACCAUUUGUCUCAUUUUGUCGCUGCUGGUGGAAGUGAGGUGCGGGAGGAUGCUGAGGAUGAAAGUGUGCUGAAGGAGUUUGUGUCGUUGAAGAGCUUGAGCCUGGGAGUGAGUUGUCUGUGGUAUCUCGCUACUCGGAUGGGUGAGUUAGGUGAUAUCGUCCUGGUGGAUCAUUUGCCGUUGCAACUGGAGUACCUCCGCAUCAGAGGCUACGAGAAGGGACAUACGAAAGCACUGGACAACAUGUUAUUUGGUAUGGAGAGCGCGAGAGACAAGCACCCUGCUCUGUGGACAGUUCAAGGUAUCAACGAGUACAUUCCUGUAGGAAAGUAA